CUUCCAUUCCGCGGCGGGUGCCUCCAAUUCGUCGAGCACGAGCGAGUGAGCGACAUGGCUUCUAACACACCAAUUCGUCGAACACUUCCGAUCGUCUUCUCUGUCUCCGUGUGAGUAUUGACCUCAGGCGCCGCGACGUCUGCAAGAGUAGUCAGAUUCAGGAGAUGCUCGUUGGGUAGAGCGGAUCGGAGAGUCACUGUCACAGUAGCGCUUCUGCUCUUGCUUCUCGGAUCCCACCACCCAAGAAGAGCUUUGCUUUGCUCCCGUUCCACUGCCAGUGCCAGCCAUGGCGCCACUCCCAAGCUCCAGCUCAACGCGGGCCACCUCUCUCGUGGCGAUCCCGGGCGCCUCCUGCCCCCAUGGCCAGGCGCAACGCCUGCUCGCCUUCCGUCCCCCACGACGCGGGUCACAGUGGCGCGGGCUUUGCGUGUCCCGGGGGCGCCACGGGGCGACCGUCGCCAUGGCAAUGCCGGCGGCGCAGGCGGCGGGGCGCAGGGCGCGCGUCCUGGUGGCCGGCGGCGGCAUCGGCGGCCUGGUCUUCGCGCUCGCGGCCAAGCGGAAGGGGUUCGAGGUGGUGGUGCUGGAGAGGGACAUGAGCGCCGUGCGCGGGGAAGGGAAGUACCGGGGCCCGAUCCAGCUGCAGAGCAACGCGCUCGCGGUGCUCGAGGCCGUGGACGCCGGCGCCGCCGACCAGGUCAUGGACGCCGGCUGCAUCACCGGCAACCGCGUCAACGGCAUCGUCGACGGCGUCUCCGGCUCCUGGUACAUCAAGUUUGAUACAUUUACUCCUGCAGCUGAGCGAGGUCUCCCAGUUACAAGGGUUAUUAGCCGAAUGACGCUGCAGCAGAUUCUUGCUCGUGCGGUUGGUGAUGAUGCUAUACUGAACGAUAGCCAUGUUGUUGAUUUCAUAGAUGAUGGCAACAAGGUAACUGCAAUUUUGGAGGAUGGCCGGAAAUUUGAAGGUGACCUUUUGGUUGGUGCUGAUGGAAUAUGGUCAAAGGUGAGGAAGGUGCUUUUCGGGCAAUCAGAAGCAACUUAUUCAGAAUAUACUUGCUACACUGGCAUUGCAGACUUUGUGCCUCCUGACAUUGACACAGUUGGGUACCGUGUAUUUCUUGGUCACAAACAAUAUUUCGUCUCCUCAGAUGUCGGUGCUGGAAAAAUGCAGUGGUAUGCAUUUCAUAAGGAACCUGCUGGUGGCACUGAUCCUGAAAAUGGUAAAAAUAAAAGAUUGCUCGAGAUAUUUAAUGGUUGGUGCGAUAACGUCGUUGAUCUGAUAAAUGCAACUGAUGAGGAAGCAAUUCUUCGCCGGGAUAUAUAUGACCGACCACCUACUUUUAACUGGGGAAAAGGUCGUGUCACUUUGCUAGGUGACUCUGUACAUGCUAUGCAGCCAAAUCUGGGUCAAGGUGGCUGCAUGGCUAUUGAGGAUGGUUACCAGCUGGCUGUAGAACUUGAGAAGUCCUGGCAGGAGAGUGCGAAGUCUGGAACUCCUAUGGAUAUAGUUUCCUCCUUGAGGAGAUAUGAGAAGGAGAGAAUACUACGUGUUUCUGUUAUACAUGGGUUGGCAAGAAUGGCAGCAAUCAUGGCUACCACUUAUAGACCAUACUUGGGUGUGGGUCUGGGACCAUUGUCGUUUUUAACGAAGUUGAGGAUACCACAUCCUGGAAGAGUUGGUGGGAGAUUCUUCAUCAAGUAUGGAAUGCCUUUGAUGUUGAGCUGGGUUCUAGGAGGAAACAGCACGAAGUUAGAAGGAAGACCGUUAAGCUGUAGGCUUUCUGACAAGGCAAACGACCAGCUUCGUCGAUGGUUUGAGGAUGACGAUGCAUUGGAACAAGCCAUGGGUGGAGAGUGGUACCUCCUCCCCACAAGUUCUGGAGACUCGCAACCCAUUCGAUUAAUCAGGGAUGAAAAAAAGUCACUCUCCAUUGGAAGCCGGUCAGAUCCCAGCAAUUCGACUGCUUCCCUGGCAUUGCCCUUGCCACAGAUAUCAGAAAACCAUGCUACUAUCACAUGCAAGAAUAAGGCCUUUUAUGUGACUGAUAAUGGAAGUGAACAUGGUACAUGGAUUACCGACAACGAAGGUAGACGCUAUCGCGUACCUCCGAACUUCCCUGUCCGUUUCCAUCCCUCGGAUGCCAUUGAGUUUGGUUCAGAUAAAAAGGCCGUGUUCCGUGUGAAGGUGCUGAGCACGCUCCCAUAUGAAUCUGCAAGAGGAGGGCCGCAAAUCCUGCAGGCAGCAUGAACGAGAGACUUCAGUCAGCCAUGGCUGCUGUCAUCACUCAUCAGCUACUGUACAGCAUCCAGUAAAACACAGUGAAUUUUGCACUAAAAUGCAGGUUCCACUUCCAGACAGGAUUUUGAAUAGCUUUCUCUGACGGAUUGAAAUUGCAGUUCUCCAUACAGAAACUGAGGUGUACAAUAUAAAAAAAAAGAAACUGAGGUGUACAAUAGCCAAUAGGGACAGGCAAUUUUAGCUGUUGCCUGCUGUAUAUACAUUGUUGUGCCAUUACAGCAACAAGGUGGAAUGUAAUUACGGCAUGAACACAAUUUACCAAAUGGAAAAAAAUGUAGCUAAAAACCGCUUUGUUUGGUAACUAGUUGUACUUUUCCGAA